AUGCAUUCGCCUGGAACAAAACAAAUAGUUAAUAGUUAUAUAAGAAGUACUGACUUAAGUAAAUGGCGACUAAAAGUUAAACAUGGUAGACAGACAUGGCAUUAUAUAGAUGAUGAUGAAGAAGUUAAAAAUUGGCCCCAAUCUAUCAUUGAAAAGUAUUGGAUUGGAUUACCUUUAGAAUCGAAAACAUUGGCAAAGCCAAGAACAGCUUUUGAAGCUGCCCAGAAUGGGUUCGAAUUUUAUAAACAAUUACAAGCCUCUGAUGGACAUUGGUCAGGAGCAUGUGAGGGGCCAAUGUUUUUAUUACCGGGACUUAUUAUCACAAUGUAUAUUACGCAUAUUCCUAUCCCAGAAGCCUGGAGAAUCGAAAUUAUUCGAUAUUUGGUAAAUAAAGCAAAUCCUGUUGACGGUGGAUGGGGAUUGCACAUUGAACAUCAUUCAACGGUAUUUGGAACUGCUUUGAAUUAUGUUGUGCUUCGUAUAUUAGGUCUUGAUCCUGAUCAUCCGGUAAUGAUAAAAAGUAGAAUAACUUUGCACAAACUUGGAGGUGCAAUUUGUGCGCCUACAUGGGGAAAAUUUUGGCUUGCAUGUUUAAAUGUAUAUGACUGGGAGGGGCUUAAUCCAAUUACACCAGAACUAUGGCUUCUUCCACACUUUGUACCGUUUCAUCCAAGUCGUUUUUGGAUUCAUACUCGUGCAGUGUAUCUCCCAAUGGGAUACAUUUAUGGACUUAGAUUAACUGCCGAAGUUACUCCAUUAAUCGAGCAACUUAGACAGGAAUUAUAUGUUCAACCAUUUGAUACAAUUAAUUGGUCUAGAGCCCGAAAUAAUAUUGCAGAAGUUGACCUCUAUACUCCGCAUAGCAAACUAUUAAAAUUUUGCAAUUUUAUAUUAAAUAUUUAUGAAAAAUCUCCUUAUUUUCUUGGACUCCGAGAAGUUGCUAUUCAAGAGAGUUAUGAAUUAAUUAAAUAUGAAGAUGAAAAUACGGAUUAUAUUGGUGUUGCAGCUGUUAACAAAAUAAUGCAUGUUAUUUGUAUAUAUCACGAAGAGGGGCCAGAUUCUGAAUCAUUCAAGCUUGCUAAAGAAAGAAUAAAUGAUUUUAUGUUAGCCCCAGAAGGAAUGUUAAUGGCUGGUUCGGAUGGUGCUCAGGUUUGGGAUACUGCGUUUACAGCCAUUGCCGUAAAUGAAGCAGGACUAGCUGAUGAUCCCUCAAAUCAUCAAUCAAUGAUAAAUGCACUCGAAUUUUUAGACGAUGCACAAAUAAAAAAGAAUCCUAAAGAUCCUGAAAGAUGUUAUCGUGAUAACACAUUAGGUGCUUGGGCUUUUAGUACUCGUCAACAGGGAUAUUUUGUUACAGAUUGUACUGGUACAAGUCUCGAAGCCGUACUUAAUCUUCAAAAAAAACUUGGUUACACACCGGAUUUAAUAUCUAAAGAACGACUUUGUCAAGCUGUUGAUCUAUUAUUAUCUAAUCAAGGUGUCGAUGGAGGAUUUGCAUCUUAUGAGCGCACUAGAGGUCCUAAAUUUCUUGAAUGGUUAAAUCCUGCGGAAAUUUUUGGAAAUAUUAUGAUUGAAUAUAGUUAUCCAGAAUGUACAUGUAGUGUCGUAACAGCUCUAAAUACUUUCCAGAAAUGGUAUCCUGAUUAUAGGGCUGCUGAAAUUAGGCAAGUUUCUAAAAAAGCAAUUACAUACUUACAUAAUGUUCAAGAUGAAAAUGGUGGCUGGUAUGGUUCUUGGGGUAUUUGUUAUACAUAUGCAGCUAUGUUUGUUAUGCAAUGUCUUGAAAUAUUUGGUGAAACAUAUGAAAAUAGCGAAGUAAUUAAAAAAGGAUGCGACUUCUUAAUUUCUAAACAGAAGGAUGAUGGUGGUUGGGGCGAAUCCUAUAAGACAUGUGAGGCAAUGACUUAUAUACACCAUGAAAACUCACAAGUUGUAAAUACUGCUUGGGCAGUGCUUGCUUUAAUGGCAGGCAAAUAUCCAAAUGAGGAACCAAUUAGACGUGGUAUUCAGCUUAUCGCAUCACGACAAUUGCCAACAGGUGAAUGGAAGCAAGAGGCUAUAGAAGGAACAUUUAAUAAGAAUUGUGCAGUUAGAUACCCAAAUUAUAAAUAUAUUUUUACUAUUUGGGCAUUAGGCAAAUAUGCCGAAAUUUAUAAUAAUCCUAUAUUUUCUUGGAGAAAAGAAAGAAUGGCAAAAAC